AUGCCAACCCGCCUGAUCGAUAUCUCGGACAGAGACAACAUGCUGUUAGUUGAAGGGGUCACCAAAAGAAGUCAUUAUUUUGCUCUCAGCCACCGAUGGAUAGAAGCCUCCAAAAUGCCACGAUGUGUGAGCUCCAACAUCGGAUCGCUGAAGAAGAACAUCCCUUGGUCUGCUCUUACCCGGAACUUUCAGGACGCCAUCCCCAUCCGAUAUGUCUGGAUCGACAGCCUGUGCAUCGUUCAAGACAGUGUUGCAGACUGGGAUGCAGAAUCAAAGCUGAUGUGUUCUGUCUACGAGGGUGCACUCCUUACAGUCGCAGCGGCGGCUGGGCCUGAUGGCUGCUUUGCUGCAGCUGAACGCAAGAGUCUACGUCCGCCUAGCAGGCUAGACCUGAUGACGAGGGGAUGGGUGAUGCAAGAAAGACUUCUAUCUCGUAGAUUCAUCGUCUUUGCCCCCAACGAAGGGGAACACGCGGCACGAAACCUCCGUAACUGGUGGCGCCGGCUGGUUGAGAGAUACACGACCCUGGACCUGACUCAGGAGUCGGACAGGCUACCCGCCAUAAUGGGUCUCGCAAUCCAAUAUGGCCGCUGGACUGGACAAGAAAUGAAGGGCUACCUUGCCGGGAUCUAGAGAAAGUCUCUCCCUUUGGACUUGCUAUGGCAUAAUGAGAAUCCCUCCACGGAGUCAACCUCCGAAUACUCUUAGAACAAGGGGCCACCAUCGUGGUCCUGGGCAUCUUGCCGUGGUCAAGUAAGAAUGCCUCGAGAGGAG